AGAAAGCCAGUAGUGCUGACAGGAGUGGAACUAGGCACUUGCACAGCCAAAUGGACAGUAGACUACUUGAGCCAAGCUGAAGGAUCUAAAGAAGUAAAGAUUCAUGUGUCUGCAGUGCCACAGAUGGAUUUCCUCAGGAAGAACUUUGUGUACAGAACUCUGCCUUUUGAUGUAUUUGUUCGAAGAGCAGCUGAAGUCAAUCACAAGGAGUACUUUCUUUCUGAGGAUGAAAAGUACUAUUUGCGAUCCGUGGGUGAAGAUGCUAGGAAGGAUAUUGCAGAUAUCAGAAAGCAGUUUCCUGUUUUGGCACAAGAUAUUCAAAUUCCAGAAUAUUUUGAGAAGGAACAGUUUUUCUCCAGUGUCUUCCGCAUCAGCUCAGCUGGAUUACAGUUAUGGACACAUUAUGAUGUAAUGGAUAACUUCUUAAUCCAAGUAACAGGGAGAAAACGAGUUGUUUUGUACAGUCCUCAAGAUGCACCGUAUUUAUAUUUGUCAGGUACUAAAUCAGAGGUGCUGGAUGUAGAUAACCCAGACUUGGAGAAAUAUCCCCUUUUUGUGAAAGCCAAGUGCUAUCAAUGUUUUCUGGAAGCAGGAGAUGUGUUAUUUAUUCCAGCUUUGUGGUUCCACAAUGUAAUUUCUGAGGAAUUUGGAGUGGCAGUGAAUGUCUUUUGGAGGCACCUUCCUGCUGCCUAGUAUAAGACUGACACUUACGGAAAUAAAGAUCCCGUGGCAGCCUCUAGAGCUAUACAGAUCUUGGACAGGGCCCUGAAAACACUUGAAGAACUACCUGAGGAAUACAGGGACUUCUAUGCUCGGAGAAUGGUUUUACGCAUCCAAGAAAAAGCCUACAGGAAUGAUAAUGGAUAA